AUGCGUCCGGAAACUUCCCGGCGCUUUCCGCAGUUAUCUUACGCCUACGAAUUGCUGAGCUAUGACGCUCGGCCCGAAAUCAUCGUGCAUGUUUCGCCAAACGUAGAACACAGAUUCUUCGCCGACUCCUGCUCCCUGGAAGACAUCCAGCGUGCCAUCGACCCCGACCAGUACCAAGCUCACCUCAACCACCUGCGUACUCGUUCGCUAGAGGCGUCACGGGAUGACGCAUGA